CGCUCUUCACAAGCAAAGCGAACGAAGCGCGCGCACAGGCAAGCCAGUGAGUUGGAAGGAAUAGGACACAUUGGACAUUGAUUUUACCAACCUAUAUUGGAAAACAUAAGCCUAUAAGAUACAGUGAGUUUGAAUUUAAAUUAAAAUUUGUGUCGAUCAUUACAAUAUCGUCAUUUUUGAGGCAAAAAUCGGAAAAUCGAUAAAUCCGAUUUGCCGACAAAUCGGCAAAAAUGGCAGCACUGUUGGCAGCUAUUAGCCCUGCCUUUGUAGUCUUGUGUUGCUUGUGUCGUUUAUUCCGUAGAAAUGGGGCUCCUGUCAGAUCCUUCACUGACUCCACGCAAUAAAUUUGGAAAAGUCCUCAGUAAACAUCAUUCCAAAGUAGGUUGGCUGUUGUACGUUGCCAGUAUUGUGUGGUUUGGAUGUUUGGGCCACAAAGACUUUAACCAUGGCACUUAUCUAUCAGAGAAUGCAUUAUCACCAGGAUUGGUUUAUCCGGAAAUCAAACAGGAGUCUAGUCGUUGGGCCCAACAACUCAUCGAGGAACUGGGCAGGGAGCGUGAAAAUCACAAGGCCACAACUCCCCAUGCCUGGAUUGCGGCUAAAAUGAGACAAAUUGGCCUGGAGACUUAUGUGCACAACUAUACUCUGCGUUAUCCCUUCGAUGGAGGAAAAGAGUUUCAGGGCAAAAAUGUUUAUGGUAUCUUGAGGGCACCUCGCACCAGUUCCACGGAGGGUAUUGUGUUUUCUGCCCCAUACAGAUCUCCACAAUCGCCACAUGCAGAUAUUGUUGCCAGUGUUCCGGUGUUAUUGGCUUUUGCAGACUUUGCCAGGAAGAAGAACUAUUGGGCUAAGGAUAUCAUUUUCUUGGUUACCGAGCAGGAACAACUUGGCAUGCAUGCCUUCAUUGAAGCUUAUUUCAACACAGAAAUGGAUGAGGCAACUCGUCAGAAAUCAUUUUUGGAUUAUGGUUAUUUGCCAGCACGGGCAGGGUCUUUACAGGCAGCAUUGAAUAUAGAAGUUCAGGAUUUGGAUAUAGAUUACGUUGAUGUGAAAAUAGAAGGCCUCAAUGGACAAUUACCGAAUUUGGACAUGUUUAAUUUGGUACAGCGAAUCACGUCCCGCGAGGGUAUUAUAUCCGGCUACAAACAAACGCCACAGAAAAAACGACGCCAGUAUCAAAACUCUGUGGAAAAUAACGUCAAAAAUAUGCUAUCCAUGAUCUUUAGCCUUUCAACCGGUGUUCCAAACGGCAAUCACGGAUUUUUCCAUCGUCAUCGUAUCGAGUCAUUGACCUUGGAAGCUGUCAAACGUCAAACAAACAACAAUAAUCGUUAUAAUGGUGGACUGCCCUUGCUGAAAACUAUUGAGGGUAUAUCUCGCAGUCUCAACAAUCUUUUGGAACGUUUUCAUCAGAGCUAUUUCUUUUAUAUCCUGGUGCAAAAUGAUCGCUUUGUUUCGAUUGGUGAUUAUAUGCCAUGUUUGGGUCUACUUAUUGCUCCAUUAUUUAUUAAAUCAUUCCUACUAUGGUUGAUUGCAAGUGGAGAUUUGAAGGAUGAUGAAGCCGUGGAAAAUGACAACGACGACGCAAAUGAAUCUUCAGAGCUUGAUAUGGUACCAGCAGUGAUGUACAUUCUGUAUGCAUGUCUAAUUGGUUUCCUAUGCCAACAUAUGCUGCCUUUGGAGUUUUUGGUUAAUUUUAUUUCCAAUUAUGGAUUCAACACUGCCCAAAGUGUAACAGUUUCCAUGCUAUUAUGGACUUGUUUAGCUUUCAUCCUGCCAUUUGUUUAUAAGCUGCCAGAAAAGGCCAUCAAUUGGCUGCAUUUAGGUUGUUUGGUAGGACUUGGAACAACUUUGGUUGUUGUGGGUCUACUGAACUUCUCUUUAGCUUUCAUUGUGGCACUGUUCAGUGUCCCACUGGCUCUUGGUAUAAGUCCGGAAUUGAAGAAAGGCUUUAGAAAAAGUUUAUUAACCGUGUAUACUAUUCUACUAAACCCGCUUGUUUUUAUAUAUGGUCUGGUUUUUGUCCUGACCGUGUUCCAAUUCCCCGAACUGGCAAUCAAAGAAACCGCCCUGCGUGCCGUAACCGCUACAAUGGAUGCCAUCACAUUCUCUUUAACCGAUAAUUGGAUUUACAACAACUGGUUGAGCAGUAUUGUGACCACUGUACUAUUGCCUCUGUGGUGUUGUCUCUGGGCUGUGGUAGUAAGAAAUUCAAUGCCGGCGAACACAACCAAGGAUAUUGACAAUUCAAAAAAGGUCCAAUAGCUUAUAAAAUCAUAGAAUUAGAGAAAAAUAAUUCGUCAAGUAUUCCGUUCUUUUUAAUAUAUAUAUUGUGUAUGUAUAUGUUUCUUGUUUAUUAUUUUUUUUUUAUUAAUUUUAUAAUACAAAUAUAUGAUUUAUUUAAAGUAAAAAAUAUACAA